AUGGAGGAUAUUCGAUCAGUAAAGAGUUUGAUGACACAAAAAGCAUUUAUGGGUUCAUUAGAUUUAAAGGAUGCUUAUCACGUAGUUCCUGUACACAAAGAUCAUAGAAAAUUUCUCCGUUUCAAAUUUCUUGAUAAGCUAUACCAAUUCACUUGCCUCCCCUUUGGGCUUUCUACCAGUCCGUAUGUAUUUACAAAGUUGAUGAAACCAGUCAUGAACCAUCUAAGACUACGGGGAAUAGUGACAGUAAUAUAUCUAGACGAUAUACUUUUUAUACACAAAUCCAAGAAAAUCUGUCAGAGUAAUAUUAAUUAUGCUAAAGAAUUAAUGGAACAUCUAGGUUUUAUUAUAAAUUAUCAGAAAAGUUCCCUAAUACCUAGUCAAGAAUGUACUUAUUUGGGUUUUAAAAUUAAUUCAAAUACCUUUUGUUUAGAAUUAACAGAUAAAAAGAAAAUUAAAAUUGUAGAAUUGAUAAACCAAGUUUACGAAGGAAAACGGUACAGAAUUCGAGACAUAGCAAAAUUAUUAGGUACUUUGACGGCAGCUUGCCCGGCAAUGGCAUACAGUAAAGUAUAUGUUAAGAGAUUGGAAAGGGAAAAGUUUUUAGCAUUAAUACUUAAUAAUAACGAUUUUGAAGGAAAAAUGCAUAUAACGAAAGCGGCAAUAGAAGACUUACAGUGGUGGAAACGAGUUGUACCAUUAGGUUAUAAUCCGAUUAGAGUUCAAAAAUUUAAUAUGGAAAUAUAUUCGGAUUCCUCAACGACUGGUUGGGGCGCUUAUUGUAACAAUGUUAGAAUCAGCGGGUUUUGGAGUAAAAAAGAAAGAAAGUGCCAUAUAAAUUAUUUAGAACUCAAGGCAGCCUUUCUUGCGCUACAAAGCUUUGCAUCCGAAUUGGUUUCGUGCGAAAUUCUGUUACGAUUGGACAAUACAACUGCAAUAGCGUAUGUCAAUAAAGCGGGAGGAAUCAAAUUUCCUCACCUCAGCGAACUAGCCCGGAAAAUAUGGCAAUGGUGCGAAAAGAGAAAGAUUUGGAUCACGGCAUCUUACAUUCCGUCUAGUGAGAAUAUAGAGGCAGACGCGGCGUCGCGUAUUACUAAUAUUGAUACCGAAUGGGAGCUAUCGGAUGAAAUCUUUAAAAAAAUUGAAAGAAGUUUCGGACCAUUUGAUAUAGAUCUUUUCGCAUCAAGGUUAAAUAAAAAAUGCAAGAAAUUCUGCUCCAGAUUUCCGGAUCCGGACGCGACGUGUGCAAAGGACGCAUCCAUUGGCAACGAAACUGUCAUUAAUGGCAGGGCAGUUAUCAGGAAAGCUUUUCUGCAAAAAGGAGUCACAGAAGACUCAGUGGACAUCAUGGUAAACUCUAUAACACCUUCAACCCUCAAGCAAUACGAAAACGCCUUAAAACUAUGGAUGAAAUUUGCAGUAGAACACCAAUUCGAUGCGUUUAACUCAACAACUACGUCUAUUUUAAUGUUUCUAACUCAAAGGUUUAAAGAAGGCGCAGGUUACAGCACCUUAAAUACCACCAGGUCGGCGAUUGCUCUUAUUUCAUUAUACAAUAUUUCGCAAGAUGGACUUAUUGCACGGUUUCUAAAAGGUAUUUAUAAGAAAAACCCAGUGAGACCUAAGUAUGCUUCAACAUGGGAUAUUACCCCAGUGUUGACAUAUAUUGAAGAGCUCCCGCCUCUAAAUCAAUUAAGUUUUAAGGAAAUAGCAGAAAAGAUAGCGACGUUAUUAGCAUUGACGACUGCACAUCGGCUGCAAACAUUAGCGCUGAUUCGUGUUGAAAAUAUUCAUGUCUCAACGGAAGGACUAACUAUAAAAAUACCAGAUUUAAUUAAAACAUCUAAGCCAGGAAAGUUUCAGCCAGAACUUUAUUUGCCGUAUUUUAAAGAAAAGCCAAAGUUAUGUACAGCAUCAGCUAUAUUAGAAUAUUUAGAAUAUACCAAAAAAUUUAGGGAUAACAAUAAUACAAGAUUAUUAAUAGCUACUGUAAAGCCAUAUGGUGCGGUAAGUGCACAAACUAUUGGGCACUGGAUUAAAGCUUUGCUAAACAAAGCCGGUAUAGAUACAAAGCAGUUUUCUGCGUACAGCACACGGCAUGCGGCCGUAUCUACUGCGUUCCGAAAAGGUGUAGACGUAACUACAAUAAGACGCACGGCAGGUUGGUCUGCUCAGUCACAAACAUUCUUUAAGUUUUAUAAUAAGCCGUUACAGACUUCGAACGAUGAGUUUAUUCGGGCAAUUUUAGGAUAA